AUGGAGUCUCUUGUUACCCCGGCCGACGUGUCAGUGCUGAUAUCAGUUGCUUCUGACACCCCGGCAGAGAAGCCGUCCUUUGCAACUGAGCGCCGAGUAACGCCGUCAUGGACCGUCGCACAGCUCAAGGCCAAACUUGAAACCAUGACUGGGAUCCCUCCGGGUAGUCAGCGGUUGAUGUUAAAAUUCCCAGGGCGCGAACAUCAAUGGAUGGAUGGUGAAGAGAAAACUAUAAGUCAGUGGGGUAUUGCAAAGGGCUGUGAGAUCGAGAUCUAUGACCAGCGCCCCGUGGCUGCGCGCCCAAAUUACACUGAUGUCUCAAUGACUGAAAAGUUCGAACUCUCAGAUUCAACCUACGAGUCACUGCCAAACAGUGUUCUUGCAUGGAAGAAAGCUCAGAAACUUGGACGUUUUGAUCCAAAUGCGGCAUCUCCCGAAGAAAAAGCGAGAGAACAGGUUCAGAAGGACGCCAAUGAAAUCAAAACUAAAGGAAUUAAAGUCUCUGCGCGGGCCAUAAUACUCCCAUCAAGCCCACCACAUAUCCGUAGGGGAACUAUCAGGUUUGUUGGACCUGUCCCUGCCAUCCCAUCGCCCCUGAGCAAAACUUACUCUGAGGGAAUACCUGAUGAUUUGGCACCGAUAUGGGUGGGUAUUGAACUUGAUGAGCCGACUGGAAAGAAUGAUGGUAGUGUGAAUGGGGAGAGGUAUUUCACCUGCCCAAAUAACUGCGGUGUUUUUGUUAAGCCAGAGAAAGUUGAGGUUGGUGAUUACCCACCCCUCGGGUUGGAUUUGGACGAGGAUAUGGAAGAGAUCUAA